AAUCUCGACCUCAUGAUGUCACAGUUGGACGGCAUGGGCAGCACCCUCGGAGGAGUCGCGGCCCUCGUCAGGAAGGUUGACAACCUUGCCGACACCGUCGACAGGCAUGGGGGGCUCUUCGAGACCAUCCAAGCCGACCUAGCCGCCUUGCAGAAGAAGCUAAGCGAUAGCUACAACGAGAGCAGCGCCGGAGGCAAUGUAGCCAUGCCAAAGUUUUACAGCCUGCAGUGCGCGUAUUCUGUGGUCUUCCAGUCUGCCGAGCAGGCCAAGGACUUCAUUGCUCUCACCCGUCUGAAUGAUUCCGGGAUGACUUGGAAGGAUCCUCGCAAUGGCGAAUCAAAGCUGCUUCGAGCACGUCCAGACCAGACCAUGGGCGUCAGGCGCAAGCAGAAAGAAGUCGAGAAGCGCACCCGUUGGAGUGAGGGGUGCAGGCUCGGCGCCAACGGGCCCAGAGGCAUACUCUUCGCCGCCUCCGCUGACGACGCCUGGGACUUCUUCGCCCUGCAGGAGGCACCUGGCGAGACCUCCAGCAUCGCCCCGAACGUGGCCAACCUCCCCGAGUGGGGCAUCGGCAUCGGCAUGGCCAACGAGAUCACCACCGCCGCCACGAGCACCUAG